AUGGUAGUGUGGAACGCCCGUGGCCUGCUCCACUCGGACGCGAGGCUGCGUAGACGCAAGCUGGCACUGCUCGCAUCGUACAUGAAGGUCAACGCCAUCAUCGCUGUGCAGGAGGUCCACGGCUCCGAGGACGCCCUCGGGAUCUUCCUCCAGGCGCAGCCGCAGAAGUACUUGAGCUUCCUCUCGCCUGGGUUCCCAUGCGUGCGCUUCGCCUCCUGCAGCAUCCUUACCGACGCAAGAUACCUGGUCAAGCACGCGAACCUCCGCGUCUUCAUCGGCAGCAAGUCGCCCCGACACCUGGUCAAGUACACGAAGUCCCCCGUCGACAUCCACGUCAAUGCCGAACUACACCCGGUUGAAUCCCAAUGGCCGACUCACUACGACAAGUCCUGCAAGCCGCUGUCCACGAUCGACCGCAUCUUCUUGGGCAUCGACGCGCACGCCAUGCUUUCGGUCUCAACGAUCCUGACCACCGCGAGGGAUGCGAUGGAGCUCUCCGAGGCGGGCAUCAGUGACCACGCGCCCCUCGUCCUGCAGAUUACUGCCGCUCGCCGCGUCCCUCGAGACGAGCAGCCAAUCCCGACGCACCUCUUCAACCACAGGAAGUACCCCGAGGCAUACUCGCUCAUGCUGGACCACUGUGCCCUGGAGGGGGAAACGGCGGAAGGUCGUUGGAGAGCAGCGAAGCAGUGCAUGAAGCUUGCUGCGCGACGUGUUCGGGACGAACAGUUGAGGACCAACUUCUCCCUCCUCGUCAAGGACUCCACGGUCGAGACCUCGUACAUGGGUUUCAAAUCGGCGGCGCGAGCCGUUUGGCGACAGGACGCUGUCCUUGCGGGUAGGCUUCUCGACUCCUGCCCCGCGAUGGCUGCCCACCUCCAAGUUACCGACGGCAACGUGCACAUCGUGGACCCGACAGACUCGCAGGUGGCUCAGCGCGUGGUCACCGACCCCGCGGGCAUGAAGAUGACUGUGGCGAACUACUGGGGUGAGAUCUUCGCGAAGCCUAUUGCCACCUCAUCUACUUCACCCGAGCAGAAGGGCUUCACUGCUGGGCGGCGUUUCGUCGACCACAUCCCGUUCUUGGACGCGGAGUGCCGCAGGGAGGGCCUCCUUCCUGAUGCUAUGACCCGCCGCCCCAUGUUCCUGUCGUUCGACUUCCGCCAGGCCUUCCCUUCGCUCUUCAGGGAAGUCAUCGAGAAGGUCCUCCCGCGCUUCGGGGUCCCGCGGGGCUUCCGCAGCGUGAUCGAGGCGCUCUACAGCAACUGCCUCGCCUUCAGCUCCUUCCGUGCCGAGGGCACCAGUGCGGAGCUCGAGCCGUUGUUCGCGCUCAUGUGCGGUAUCAUGCAAGGAUGCCCGCUCUCUGGCACGAUCUGGUGCUUGGCCAUGGAUGCCCCCAUCCGUGCCCUUCUGGCGGCGAUCGCCGAGCAUGGAUCCCUCAAGGCCUGCGCGGACGAUCUCGGGAUGCUGAUCAAGAACGCGGUCGCCCUCCCGAGCAUUGACCACACCUUCGUCUCCAUAGAACUCGCCUUCAAUCUGCAGCUGGCCCUGCACAAGUGCGUGCUGGUCCCGCUGUGGGAGGAGAUCACGGACGACACACUGCAGAACGUCAAGUCCUUCCUCGCUGAGGAGGUCCCCCGCUGGCUGGGCUUCCGCAUCGACUCCUCGGCCAAGUACCUGGGAACUCACCUGGGCCCUGGCGUCACGGACUUCGGCAUCUGGAAGGCUGCGGUGGGGAAGUGGUGGACCCGCUGCUGGGAGCUGGCGCGCACGGGCAUGGCCACCAGCCUCGCGGCCCGCGCGUGCAACAUCAACGCGCUGCCGUGCCUGUCGUACCUUGCGCAGUUCUACUUCAUCGUGCCCGCCAUCUGGAAGGUCGAGUUCACCUCCCUGCACCGCUUGCUGCGGUUGCCGCCGUCGUCCAUGCGCAAGGCUGACAUCCUAUCGUUGAGCGCGUGGUGUGGCUCACCGUCGCCGAUUGGCCUCUUCCCAUACACGAUCGCCGCGAUGAUGCGCUCGGCGGAGAACACGGUGCGUGGAUGGGAAGCUCACCUCCGCCACCUCCAUGAAGCUGCAGUGGAGCAUGUUCCGCUGACCGACGUGAUCAAGGGCAACUGGUCCCCACCGUGGUGGCGGACGAGGAGGGCGAUCGUGCAGAACUACGCCUUGAUCUCGGAUGCCUACGGCCAGCUCGACAUUCCCAGACCGACGCUUGACACGAUCGCGGUCCCGAUCCCGAGCAGGUUCAUCCAGAAGGCGAAGUCGGCGAUGCUCCUGGAGACGAAGACGGCGGCUGCAGCCACUCCUCCCAGGAAGCCCAAACGCCAGGCCACGGCCGCUGCUGUUCUCCGUGGCUCGCUGUACCCCGAGGACCUCGUGCCCACCUUCCACCGCCGGCUGCGCAGGUGGGGGGUCGAGUGCUCGUUGCCCGUGCUGCGCGAGAGAUGGCCUCCGCUGCGUAGCAAGCUGACGGAGGUCCGCCCUGCCUGGAUGUGGUCGUGGAUGCGCGCGGCGGUCAAUGGCUGGACGACCUCGCGCCGCAUGAGCGCCGUCAUCGACGCACGCCCGUGCCUCUUCGGCUGCGACGACGAGGAUGCGCUCGAGCACUACAUCCACUGCCCGAUCCUUCGGGCGAUGGCCGCGGGCGACACGGGAGCGGACGCCAUCGGCAACGGCCUGGAGCUCCUCGGCUUCGGCGACGAGCUGUGCCACUCGAAGCGGCCCAUCGCGGACUGCAUCUACACCGUCGGCCUCAUGUGCCAGUGCUACCACAUCCAGAAGCAUCGGAUGGACGUGGGCCUGGCCGUGGGCGCCGACCAGCGGGCUAGCGUGAGGCUGGCCGCGCUCCAUCGCAUGCAGGCUUAG